CAUAGGUAACAAGUGAAAUGGCGGCCAACGUGUGUGCAAGGUCGCAUCGCGUUUUAAGACAAGUAUCGUGGAAUCAUUUGAUAAGAAGACCUUUUAGUUUCAGUACUUCCUUAACUACAGCUACAUCUACGAGAACGUGUUCCUUAUGGCGUAGCUUUUGCAGUAAGGCGACGAAUAGCGGUUGUAAACCGCUGGGGUCGAUUGAUCAAAGUGAUAAGUUUCAUCUAGUAUUCACGUGCAAAGUGUGUGAAACACGAUCACAGAAGCUUAUUAGUAAACAGGCCUAUUCUAAAGGAGUAGUUAUUGUCAAAUGUCCUGGAUGUAACAACAAUCAUCUUAUAGCCGACAACUUGGGAUGGUUUUAUGACGAUAACAGAAAUAUUGAAGAUAUCUUGGCUGAAAAGGGUGAAUCAGUCAAAAGGUUGACAGAGAAUGAUUCCUUGGAGUUUCUUGUAAAAGACUUGGCAAACAGAAUUGAAAAGGGAGAACCAAGUGAAGAUGAGGAUUAAUUAAAUUUUUUUGAGAGUUAAAAACAUGCCCCACCACCUCACACAGAGGUAUGUCCCUCUUAGAUGGCAUCAUGACCAACAGCCAGAACUGUAUGUUUUAUCAGAAGAUGAAUCAGAUUUCAACUUGGAAGCUUCAGACCAGCAUCAAGUAGCUACACUUUGUUGUUCUACCCCAAGUACUUAUAUGUGAUCUUUAAAUGACAGAUUUUAUGAAGCCUCUGUAAAGAGGGCCUUUUGUGCCACUGGUACAGUCAAGGUGUUAAGUGAGUGUGCUAAUUUUAGCCCCUACAUAAUUUCCUUUGUGCUAGUAAGGGUACUGAUUAAAAUCUGUGUUAAUGAUAA